AGGGCUCCCCCUUCUUCUUCUCCUCCUUCUUCCUUGAUAGCAUUUAUCCACCCAUCCCUAGAUUAUAUCACUGUACCCUCCCCCUGUGUCCCUCUGUCCCUACAGCAUGCGCGUACAUACGAGUGUGCACACCCAUGCAAAACAAAGAAAACUCUCCCUUUAGCCAUGCACAACCCCCUCGCCAGUCUACUAGUCUACUCUCUCCUCAAAACUUGCGGGAACAAACUCAACGACGCGUGGUUUUCUUUGUUUACCAUGAAAACAUACCUAUGUGCUUUGCAUAGAACAGCUCCCUCCCCCCAGAUGCCCAUGCACACUUUCUUCGGGGUCUUCGGGGUCAUAGGCUCUAAUUCCAUCCGACUCCGUAUAAGAAAUACAUCAUUCUGUUACAGGACUCUCUCUUUACAAAACGCCUGGCCAUAUCGCCUAUCGUCAGCCAAUCAUCUAGCCCCUCAAUUUACACAAGAACACACCCGAAACAGACCCUUUUUUUUUUUCUGGAUGCCUAUUGGAAUCCCAACUAUCAGGGAGUCUGCUUGUGCGUGUCAUUUUAUUCCCGUGGAUGCAUGUCAGCGCACAUUUACCAAACCUUCUGCAGACAGAAAGAAUACUAGUCUAACCUAACUAACGACCUGAAGAAGGUCUCGCAGAAAAACGUCUUAAUUGACCCUGAUCGGG